AUCGGUGAGUGCGUUUCGGGCUUUGGCACGUAGAACAAGACAGCACACAGUAUAAGCAGCUGAUGUCAAAGAUGGCUGUUGCCACUGCAAACAAAUAAGUCUUGUAUUACUAAUCCAAACGGUUCAACAGAGUCGUAAGAUGUUCGAAUUUCGAUUUAAAUAAAGCAAGAUAAAAACACCACAAACACAAAUGGCAUAUGAUCCAAGACAUUUGAAGUAUCCACCAGAGAUGCACCAUCCACAGAACAUGACACAUUAUCCAUAUCCUGGUCAUCAUAUGAUGCAGCCAAUACCACACAGAACUGAUGAGAACAGAAAUGACAAUCAUUGUGGUAACAAAGAGAUAUGUUCCACUGUUUCUCAUCAAUCACUAGGUACACAGACUAUUCAAAAAGUUGAUGCAGCUACCAUGACUGACCCACUGCGGAUAGACUUUAGUUUGACCUCUGAAUAUUUGGCUAGAUGUUCUAAUACUCUUGGAUUACCUUACGUCUGCAAGUACGAAGAUAACAGCAAUAAUUCAACUGUCCACAGUUAUCAAGAUGUUCAACCAAAGAUUGAGUAUGAUAUGCCAGAGCCUCAACGAAUUAAUGGAAUGCUGGUAUAUCACUGCCCAGAGUGCGCUUAUCGGUUCGAGGACCGCGAAGCAUUACAAGACCACCUCGAGGAGCACAAACAACGACCUCACGUGUGCGACAUUUGUGGUGCAAGUCUAAAACGCAAAGAGCACCUGGAUCGUCACAAGCAGGGACAUAACAAAGAUCGACCGUAUCAAUGUAACGUUUGUUGCAAGGCAUUCAAACGCAACGAGCAUUUGGCUAGACACAUGGUCACGCAUUCGGGUAGCAAGAAUCAGGUUUGUCCACACUGUGGCAAGGCAUUCUACAGGAAGGAUCAUCUAAAGAAACAUUUACUCAGCCAUGGAGGCGGGACUGGCGCUACAAGUAAGACUGCCGGCAAGAGUCUGGCUGAGCACGAUAAUCAUCAGGAGGAAAGUACCUUUGCCAUGAUGAUGAGGCAGGCUGGUCCUCCUUCAUUUUCCGUUCUACGUACCUAAUAAGCUAGCUAGUUCUCUUCGAACGAAUGGAUCGAGAGCAGUUUAUCUUAUUCUCACUUGGCCCAAUUCCACAUUUGUUGUAUAUAAUUUAUUCUUUCCUCCCGUUGUGCACACACACUUUCACGCGAGUGAGAACGUUUACUGCAGAGUAUUGAAUUCCGGCACACCUAAUUUCAACAAAGACGUUUCAGACUUUAAUUUUUACUAAUUAUCUAUAUAGCCAAUUUUGUUUUCUUCUUUUAUUUCUUUUUUAUACAACUUUGCAUCGAAUAAUCAUUUUGAUCGGUAGACUGUUGCUUUUUAUUUGGUUAUUUAUUUUAAGGUGUUACGUGAAUAACCUAUAUUAUUUGCGUUAUCUUUAGUGAACUCACUGCCAAAUUUUUCUUCUACUUUUAAUCUUUACUUUUGCGAGCAGAAUAUUUCGUUUACAUUUCACAUUAUUUUUAAGUUUACGCAAUAGAUUAUAUUAAAGGAAAAAGAAAUGGUACUUAUUCAACUUCAAUUUAUAUAAAUUCGGUCGGUGAAUAGCAAAUUCGUAACAAGUUGCGAAAGAUGUAAGUGAUAAAUACACGGAUUCUCAACUAUUAUAGUUAUUUAUUCCUAUAGUGUAAAAAGUAGUUUUAACAGAAGGGAAUUCGCGCCGAAGUAUAAAUUUAUUUUGGUUAAACGUCCUUAUUAAAUCAAACCUUAUUGUGUAAAUUGAAUACGUUUGUUUGAUAUAAUUGAUGCAAGUGCUUUAUUUACAAAUAGGAAAUCAGUGAUAUUCCCAUUGAUUGAUCGAUUGGAAACUAUACCGUUGUAGCAUUAUUGUUAUAGAAACUAUGCAAGUUAUUUUGUAACAAUCGCAUAAUUGACAAAAUAUCGUUAAGGUUGCCUUUUUAAUUAUAUAUAUAUAAAAGAAAAAUAUUUAUAAAGAAAAAACAAAUGUAGGAGCUUAAUUUUUUUACGUGUGUGUGUCCACAUGAGUUUUUUCUUUGCGGCGAUUGUUUCGUUAUUAUUGUAUAGCAAAUAAUUUCUCACUUGAAGGUGAAUUUCGGUGAUUUGUAAUUUUGUAAAUGAUUAUGAAAU